UUCGAUAUGGAAUAUUCGCUUUAAACCUGCAUCAAAGAACAAGAAAGAUAAUGUUUACUAUGAGUAAUGGCAUUGCCAGUAUUCGAUACACGACAAGUAUUAUUGGAACAUUUAUUAUCGAAGUUAACUGCAAUAUGUUCGACGAAAUUGGCCGCUAAAAAAAUACUCCUGGAAGUAUCCAAUAAUUUACAGAACAAAGAUAUACUGCGUCUACUUGAAGAGGACAAACUUAUAACUGCAACUGUCAAUAAAUUUCAUGCAAGAACGGCUGAAAAGGAGGAAUUAGGAGAACUUCUUUACUAUAAAGUAAAAACUGUUGAACCAGACCUUUGUUCUAAGAUCACUGGAAUGCUUAUGGAAUUGGAUCCUUCAACAAUUAAAAAACUGUUGGAAGACAGUACUUUGUUACAGAAUGCGAUUGAUAAGUCCAAGAAAGAAUAUCUGGAAUUUACGAGUAACUCGAAGAAGAGACAAGAAUAUGGAGAAGAAAUUUAUAACCUUGUUUGCAUGCACCACAAGCCAGAGCUUGCAAGUCGACUAACUGGUAUGCUCCUGGAACUAGAUGAGGAGUCGUUACGAAUGCUAUUGAGAAAUCAGAAGGAAUUUGAGAAAAAGUUGGAGAUAGCUUACAAUACAUUUGUAUCUUAUUGUUCAAGUUAAUACUAAAACUGAAAAAAAAAAUGGCAAAUCAUCAAGAACUGGCAGACUUCAUCAAGAGUGUUCAUAUCAACCUACGACUUCGAUCUAGGGAAAUUGGCGCUGAAGCAGCCUGGGAAGAACACUGUAAGGACCAUCAGAAAUUGGAGAAGUAUGCUGUCACAAUGAAAGAACUUGCUACUGUACACUGGGAAAAAAAUAUUAAGAUUCAUUCCGACCAGUCAGGGAUCUUAUGGGUAGUUGAUAAAUGCAAUUGGUACUUUUUUGGAGAAGGAAAGGGCCUAUUUAUCUCAAAAGAACUGAAGAUGGCAUCGAGGUAUUCAAUGACCUGUGACUUCAACAAUGUUGUUUUUGGUAAAAGAAUAUCACUGUUGGAUGUUGGUAGCUGCUACAAUCCACUGUCUCAUUUUCCAAAUAUUGUCACUACUGCAAUAGAUUUGGAACCUGCUGACAAGAAUGUGCUUAGGUGUGACUUUCUUUUAGUAGAAAUUGGUGACCAGCUGGUGGUUGAAGAUAACUCUUUCUGUAAACAAUUGCCAAAGGAGGGAUAUGAUGCGAUACUUUUCUCAUUAUUGCUAGAAUAUUUGCCUUCACCUCGUCAGAGAUUCUCUGCUUGCAAAAAAGCUAUGAAGCUUCUGAAAAAAGGGGGUUUGUUACUUAUAUUGACACCUGAUUCGAAACACGAAACUGCUAAUUCAAGACUUGCCAGGCAGUGGAGGCUUGCUUUAGCAUCACUUGGAAUGUGGAUGCUGACAACAGAGAAACUGAAACACCUUCGCUGCUUUACAUUUGUAAAGGCUCAUGAUAAACAGAUUAUUGAAAACUGGUUGAUGUUCCAGAAGGUGGACAUAUCUUUUGAUGAAGCUAUUGCCAUACCUCAAGACAAAAAUCCUUAUGAUGAUUUUAAUUGUAGGGAAACAGAACUUUCUACUAGUCAUGUCGACAAUAAUUUUAUGCCCAAUACAUUUUCUCAAAUUAUUGGUGUUGAAGAUAUCUUUGAUGAGUGAAUUACAACAUAAAAUUACUAUUUGUAAAUUUCUGAACUAAUUUUUAUUAUCCCUUCUAGUCAUCUAAUUACUUUUUAUUUUUCAUGAAAAUUUUCAUUUAAUUUAGGAAAAACCUGAUUUUCUAUCAAGUUUUAAUAGUAACAAAUAAUAUCUAUAGAGAAAGAGGUUGCAAUAGUUUUAUUUUCCCACAUGACUUAUUUGAGGUUUGAUCCUAUAUUCCACUAUAUGUAAACAUAGUUACAUUCAUCAGAAAUUAUUGAUCAUUUAUGAUUUUGUUUUUAAAUUUUUUUUUUUUUUUGCUUAAGAAAAGAGAGUGAGGUAGCUCAGUGAUAGGGUGCUGACUUCUAAUGGCC